GGUUACUACAAAAGUAUAACAGUUUUUAUUUUUUUGUAUAGACAGUUUGAGUAUUUCGUUGAAUACGAGUAGAAGGUCAGAGAUUUAGGAAUCUUUUCAACAAGAUUUUGCAAAUUCUCUUCUUUGGUCUCCUCCUCAGUAUUCCAGUUUUUUGUUGUGGUCGAAAUCUAACCCAUAACUCACAACUGACAUAUCUAGACCCCAGUUGUGAUUGCUAUAAUUCACUGAGAUCAUGAUGAAUGAACAAAUAUUUUCAUUGUAGUUAUAUUCCCCAAUAAAAAGCUAUUGUCAGUGUAAAACCACCGUGUUGUAAAACCACACCUCUGAUUGAGGCAACUAAAUAAAAUUUAUAAAUAUUUAUCUAGUUUUUCAACUUUGUGGACUCGGACAGACUAAUCAACUUUCUUUUAAUGGCCCGAUAAGAUAACUCAGAGUGGGAGACAAAUGAUUUAAACUUUACAAACUAAUUUCCAGUUGCAUUGCGAUUGGCAGCGGAUUGGCAUUAUGGAAGUUUAAAAUUUUGGGAAAAAUAUAAAUAAUAAAUAUAUCUUAGUCGGGUUCAAAAGUAUUUGAAUAUGUUCAAAUUAAUUUCGGAAAAUUGUAUGCUCACUGCUGUCCUCCUUCUCCUGUUCUCCAAAUCGUCGAAUAUUGCCUUCGCUAUUUGUAAUGCUUGCUCUAUUUCUAAUUUUGCCUGCACAUCGCGCACGCAGUUCCAAGAAUGCGUCGGUGGCUUACCAACAGGAACGCCAUUGAGUUGCCCGUCCGGAUACAUUUGCUCAACAACUGCUGCAAACAUCUGUGUACCGAGUGAUAAUACUAAUGUAGUUGGCGAUUGCACUGAAUGCAUUAUUUGUGAUGCUUCCCAAACCUUUGCCUGCACUGGUGUUCGCACUUUCGCCCUAUGUCUAGGCACAAAAGCCAUUAGUAAUAUAGGUGGGAACUGUACGCCCAAUCUUGUGUGUAGUAUCGACUAUCCGUACAUAUGCGGCGAUGAAACCAUGAUUGCACCCACGUGCACUACUACGACGAUUACUUCAGGUUCGGUAAUUGUGACCAAUCCUGUUGCAUUUUGCCAAACUAUACAACAAAAUGGUCGUUUUCCAGUUGGAAAUAAACUUAAAACAACUUGUCAACAAUAUGUUUACUGCUUCAUAAAUGGCAACGUUUGGAGUGGCACGAUCUACUACUGUCCAAGUGAUACUUAUUUUGAUACUUCAUCACGGUAUUGUUCACCAGUUGUGCCGGCCCGUUGUGUCAGCUCAACACAGUUGUUGUAUCUGGGGAAUUCCGAACCAAGCUUCGAUGACGAACAAGGAAUGGAGUGAGCGAUAUAUUUACGAUUUGGAGGGAUUACAAAGUUGAAUAGUUAUAAUAUAUAUUUGGUAUGUUUUUUUUGUUGAGGGUGGAAACUUUAUGGAAUAUUUUAGUAGUUAAAGGUUUGUAAAACACUAGCUAAUAUUAAAAACUGUGGUUCCUGCCAAA